GGCCCUCAGUUUCGCAACGGCCAUCAGAGCUGGGCUGAUGCUGGCUGGUAACUUUGGAGAGUGUGGGGGUUUUGGGACAGAGUUUUUCGUUACUACUGUUGUCUCUGGAUUCCUAUUCUUCUUCUUCUUCUUCUUCUUCUUCUGACAAUUCAUAUGGCGUCUACGGGAUCGUCUCGAAUUUGUGUUAAAAAUUUGCCGCGGCAUGUGACUGAGGAGCGGCUGAGGGAGCACUUUGCGGCGAAAGGGGAGGUUACGGAUGCAAAAAUUAUUAGGACUCGGGAUGGAAGGACGCGGCAGUUUGGUUUUGUUGGAUACCGUACUGAGGAGGAAGCAAAGGAUGCUGCAAAGUAUUUCCAUCGCUCUUUUUUUGAUACCAGCAGACUCACAUGCGAGUUGGCACAAGCAGUUGGGGAUCCAAAUCUCCCGAGGCCGUGGAGCAGACAUUCGGAGGGAAGUUCAAAAUUCAAGCCCAAAAGCGAUGACGUUGUGGAGAAUCCAACGACCUCUGCGAAAGAUACUGGAAAGUUCAAGAAAAAUCAGGAUUUCAGAAGUAAAACAGCUGACAGUGAACUUGAAAAUGAUCCUCAGCUGCAAGAGUUUUUGGAAGUAAUGCAACCUCGGAGCAAAUCAAAAUUAUGGGCAAAUGAUACGAAGAUUGCUUCUAAUGGAUCCGAUUCAGCAUCAAAGCAUGGUAAACAGAAACAGGGUAGCAAGAAAGAAAAGAAAGCCAGUGUAGAGAUGAAGACCGUGGAAACUUUCUCCAGGCGAGUUCCAAUAAACAAGGGUAAAGGAGUUGAGAAGCUGACUCAAAUGCAUGUUCGAUUUGAUGAUAGUGAUUCCGAAGAAAGUGAUGAAGACGAACUGUACGAGGAGGCUCCUGUGUUGGAUAAUACUGAGAGUCGGGAAGGAGCUGCAGACAAAGAAGAUGUCGAUGAGGAUGGCGUUAAUCCUAUUCAAGAUCCAGUCCUGAAAGAUGAAACUUUGACAGACUUGGAUUACCUGAAAAGUCGUACAAAAAGUGGUGCAUGGAGUGAUGAUGAUGACGAUGAUGAUGCUAGUGACAAAGACGCGGCGUUGGAUGACGCAAAUGACCUUACCACUUCUUCUAAAGAAGACGAUGAUGAAGACGGGGAAGAGGAAGACGAGAGUGAAGUAGAAGACGAAGAGAUGAACGACGCGGCUGAUAACGUUGUAAUCGCUGAGAUUGAUAGGGACGAUGGUAAAAAUGGCUUGGACCAUAUUGAACAAUCUGCUGAGGGCGACGCACAUGUAGCGCCAGUUUUGGCUGAAGAGCAAGAAAGCGUUUCCGAAACUGGUCGACUCUUUGUCCGUAAUCUUCCGUAUACAGCAACGGAAGAAGAACUAGCUGAACUCUUUGGCAAGUUCGGGGAGCUCUCAGAAGUGCAUUUGGUAUUAGAUAAAACAACUAAACGAUCGAAGGCAAUGGCGUUUGUUCUGUAUAUGAUUCCUGAAUGUGCCGUAAGAGCAAUGGAGCAGCUGGAUAAAUCCAUCUUUCAAGGGCGAUUAAUUCACAUACUGCCCGCCAGGCGACCUCCUCCUCCUCCAGAGACAGAAAAGACUACUAGCAUGGGACCUGGAUCUACAAAGUUUAAGCAAGAGAAAGAAUCUCAGAGAAAAGCAGCAGAGCUCAGUGGAAACACAAAGGCGUGGAACCCCCUAUUCAUGCGUCCAGACACGAUAGCCGAGAAUGUUGCUCGACAAUACAAUAUGACUAAAAGCGAGUUUCUAGAUCCCAAUGCAGACGACUUAGCAGUUCGAAUGGCAUUGGGAGAAACCCACAUCAUAGCGGAGACAAAACGGGCACUUAGUGAUGAGGGCGUAAACGUUGAGGUCCUGGAAGAUGUUGCAUCAGGAAAGGAGAUAAAAGUGACUCGCAGUUCGACUGUAAUUUUAGUGAAGAAUUUGCCAUUUUCAACAACUGAAGACGAAUUGGUUUCCAUGUUUGGGGUCUUUGGUAGUAUUGCGAGAGUAAUUCUUCCUCCUACAAAAACGCUAGCACUGGUGGAAUAUCUGGAAGCUGCAGAGGCCCGUCGUGCAUUCAAGGGUUUGGCUUACAAGCGGUUUAAGCAUGUGCCAUUGUACCUGGAGUGGGCACCUGUGAACUUGCUAACUGGAGUUAAAAAGUCGAGAGUCUUCACGGGUGCAGAGAAAACGAAGGGGGCUGUUGGGGACAAACUGUUACAGCGAGUCGCUGUGGAGACUCAAGUGGCAGCACUUACUGAAGACGACGAUGUCGAUCAGGCCCGAUCUCUUUUUGUUAAGAACUUAAAUUUUUCAACUACGGAGGUUUCUUUGAAGAAGCAUUUUGAUCAGAAAAUCACUCAGGGAUCUGUCCGAAGUGUCACGAUCAAGAAAAAACAAUCAAAAUCAGGGAAGCCACUUUCUAUGGGCUUUGGAUUUAUCGAGUUUGAUAGUGUGGACACUGCAAAAAUGGUCUGCCAGAAUCUACAGGGUACUGUACUAGAAGGCCACGCUUUGAUUCUACAACUAAGCCAUAAUUCUAAGAAGGCUUGUGGUAGUGAUUCCAAGACAUCUGCAACGAAGGGUAAGGCAGAAAGUAAGGAAAGCUCGACAAAGAUUAUCGUUAGAAAUGUGGCCUUCGAAGCAACGAGGAAGGAUCUUCAACAAAUAUUUAAUCCUUUUGGCCAGAUCAAGAGCAUUAGGUUGCCGAAGAAGUUCGAUGGUAAUCACCGGGGUUUUGCAUUUGUGGAGUUCUUAACGAAAAAGGAGGCACAAAAUGCUUUUGAAGCUCUUCAGAAUACCCAUUUGUAUGGUCGGCAUAUGGUACUGGAGAGAGCUAAAGAGGGAGAAAGCCUGGAGGAGCUUCGUGCUCGCACUGCUUCUCAAUUUUCUGAAGCUAACAAUGAUGGAAGAGCAGCGAAGAGGAGAAAGCAGGCAGAAAUGGAUGAUUCUCAGAUGUCUUUUGGUCGCUUCACAGAGUAGUUCCUCCUUGCAUGUACUAUUAUUUUCGAAAUUUAAUUAGUUACAAAUAGUUGGGCGUGUCUUAAUAGGUUCAUAAUCUAAAAUUUGCGCGAUCAGUGGGAUGAAAUGCAUGAAAAUGGACGAUUCACGGAUCAGAGCGUCACAUCUGCUAACGAAGACGGUACUAUCUUAGACGGUAGAUAUGUUGUGUUACUAAGAUAGCACAUUUUAGACGGUAGAUAUGUUGUGGCCUUUAGAAGUACAUCCAUUUUAGACGGUAGAUAUGUUGUGUUACUAAGAUAGCACAUUUUAUACAAAAUGUGCUAUCUUCCAACAUAUCUACCGUCUAAGAUAGGUGGUUGAUCACUUGCAUUUGCCUUGGAGUUUGACAGAAGUUGACAAAGGAUACUCCUGGCGGGAACUACUUUGAACAUCACUAGUGACAUCUAAGUGAGAAUUCAAACCCCAUUUAUUUGGUUGCUAAAUCCAUUAACAAAAUCACAGACGUUUCUACAA